AUGAGACCCCUCCAAGCCGGGAACCGGAUGCUGCGCAGCAGCGCUCUGCGCGCCCAGGUUCUGUCUCGGGCAACACCGUCCCUGGGACCCCUCAUCCCAACGCUCCAGGCUGCUAUCAUCAACAGCACUGCCACCAUUACUCCCGCGGGCAACUUCAUCGCCGUUAGGUCAUUCUCAUAUACCACUCCCUGCGCCAAGAAGAAAGACAAAGCAUCCAAGGACUCGUCCAGCAAAGCCUCCUCCAGCUCCAACAAUGACUCCGGAGACACCCCUUCCGACCACAAAAAACCCGACCCUUCCGCACCCUACGACUUCACCGACGUAACGCAAGCCCUGGACCGCCUCGAGAAGCGCUACCUGGACGAACUCAAGAAGCUCCGGUCCGGCGGACGCUUCAACGCCGACAGCAUCGGCGCCAUCCCCGUGCAACUCUCCAAAAAUCCCGCCGACACCUACCCCCUGCGGGAGCUUGCAACCAUCGCCCCGCUGGGCGGCCGCCGCUGGAGCAUCCUUGCCUUCGAAGAAUCCUCCGUGAAACCCAUCAUCAGCGCUGUCCUCCGCGCGCCCGAGUAUAACCAGCAGCCGCAACGGAGUGAGGAAAAUCCUCUUGAACUGACGAUAACGGUUGAGCUGGAGAAGGCAGAUGAUUUGGCGAAGCGGGCGAAGGAAGUUUGUCAGCGGUGGAGGGACCGGGUCAGGGAGGAGGUGCAUAAGCGGCUGGAGGUGCAUAAGAAGUGGCUGAAGGGGAAGCUGAUCGUGCAAGAUGAUGAGAAGAAGCUGAAGGAAAAGCUGCAAAAGUUGCAGGAUGAGCGGAUGAAAGGGAUUCAGAAUAAGGAGAAGGAGGCGGUGCAGCAGAUCAUGGCUAGGGGAAGUCAGUGA